UUUUCUUUUAAGGUCCACUCUUGCUUAUAAAAUGAUAUUGCCAAGGGUCCGUAUCAUAUUAAGAUUUGCUCUCUGCCAGUAUACUACCACCAAACCGUUUUUGUAGAAGAUUCGUGAGUUUUGGCGUUCUAACUUUUUAAAAUGGUUGUACGUAUACGUUUAGCUCGUCACGGCGUGAGAAAUCGUCCUUUUUAUCACAUUGUCGUCUGUAAUGCUUGGAAGGCGCCUAGGGCGAAACCCCUCGAGACUAUAGGAACCUUUGAUCCUAUUCCAAAGAAGGAGGACCCGAAAGACGUAAUUCCUAGAAUAAAGGAUGUAGAACUUAAUGUUCAACGAUUCAAAUAUUGGGUCAGUGUUGGUGCUCAACCCUCAGAUACUGUUCGCUCUUUAGCAGAAAAGUUUCAAUUACUUCCAAAAAAACCUACUCCCUAGGUUGUUUACCCCUCAAGAGUUGGUACUUUUGCGACUAUAGAAAAUGUGUUAACGUUGUGAUCCCCUUUACUUGAUCUCGUUCAAUUCUUGUAUUUAAUGCGCGCUUUUUCUUUUCUUUCUUAAAUUUUGACAUCUACAUAUACUCAGUUUUUACUCCUCUCCGCUUCAAACGGCUUUACUCUCAAAAAUUGCAUACUUAAAGUCUUAUGCUUUACAGAAAAGACACUUUUCGUUUCUAAAUAAAAUUAUUAAAAAUUAAAAAAUACAUGACUAUAAGGCUUUUAUUGCUAAUUUCACAACAUACCGGAACAUGAUAAAUAAACCUGAAAGUCGUGUAACUGUUU